GAUAGCUGGCUGGUGUGUGCCUGUGCAGCUGCCCAUUUCAGACAGGAAAAGAAAGGGGGAGAAAAGCAAGACGUUGGGGAAGGUUGGAAGAAGAGGAAUCGAGGGCGACUGGAUUCUGGGGGCAUAGCCAUGUGUAUGUUUUGUUUGUCUGGCUGGCUAUGAGAUCAAACAGCCAUGGCCAUGUCACUGAGCGCCGACGAAGAGGAUUACGACUCGGACACAGCCGAACAGCAACGGCUACCCAACCGGCCAAAAUCCAAAAUGGCUGCAUCAACAGCGACGACUCCGGCAGCCUCCAGCUCUUCAUCCACCACAGCAGCAGUCAAGCUGCCAUCCAACCGGACCUCCUCUGGAGCCCGCCGCCGACGUACACGAUGCCGAAAGUGUGAGGCGUGUGUCCGGACGGAAUGUGGAGAGUGUCACUUCUGUAAGGACAUGAAGAAGUUUGGAGGACCCGGUCGCAUGAAACAGUCUUGCAUUAUGAGACAGUGUAUAGCGCCUGUGUUACCGCAUACAGCUGUAUGUGUAGUGUGCGGCGAGGCUGGUAAAGAAGACACGCUCGACGAUGAAGAUGAGAAGUUUAACGCCAUGCUCAUGGAGUGCUCCAUCUGCAAUGAGAUUGUCCAUCCCAACUGCCUCAAGGUGAAAGAUGCACCUGGAGUUGUGAACGAUGAACUUCCAAACUGCUGGGAAUGUCCUAAAUGCAACUACGCAGGGAAAACUGGAAAAGCCUGCAAGCAAAAAAGGGGACCAGGCUUCAAGUACGCAUCCAACCUGCCGGGCUCCCUGCUGAGGGAACAGAAAGCAGGACGUGACGGGAGAGAGGAUGGAGACCAGACCUCUUCUGGAGCAGCGUCUGUGAAGAGAAAAACAGAGAGAGAGGAAACCCCCAGACUGAAGAAUGAGGACCUGCCCUCACGUAUGGCCCCUCUCUUAAGUCCCAGUGGUCUGCCAAGACCACGAUCUGAAGUUCCCAACUUCUUGAGGAAGAAGAGGAAGUUAUUUGACGACGAUGAAGAGGAAGAAGAGGCUAGCACUAAAAAGAAGCCUAAGAAGCCCUGGAGGCCCGAAGAGCCUUUGAUUCCUAAACUCUCCCAUAUGAAAACAGAAGAAGACGACGAUAACUCCGAUGAGGAGGAUGAAAGGCUAGAGAAGCGAGAACCGCCUCGCCGUUCAUUCAAGAAAGACUACAGCACGGCAAAGAAAGAGGAAGAACAAGACACCGAGAGGCGGGAAGAGAGGGAUCCACCUUUCCGAUCCCUGAGGGACUACAGCAACAUAAGAAAAGUGGAAGACCAAGAUGAAGACAAGGAGGACGACGACGAAGAAGAGGAGGAAGACGGCAAAAGGGGCAGAGACAGCAGCCCUACUUUAAAGAACCAAUCAGUAUUGCUCGAGAGCGACGCGUCGCGGUGCAGCUCCCCAAGGGCAGGACCCAGCAGCGAAAGCAGCGAGACUCAGGAAAAGCCGCAACGAGCCCGGGUGAAACGGCACCGUCGAAAGCCUCAGAACAGACAGCUCAGCGCUGAGCUCAGCAAGCAGCUCAACAUGGAGAUCCGCCGCACCGAACACUCACUGGCCAAUGAGAACCAGCAGCCUCUCAAGAGCGAACCGGAGGACAGCGAGAACGAGGAACCAAAGAGAGGCUUACGGAACGGAACCGCAGGGAACGGCGGAGGAGGCGAAAGAGGAGAAAGGGGAGGAGGCGGAGACGGAGGAGGGGAGAGGCCACACCUUCGAGCAAGAGAGAUGAAUGGAACAUCUUGGGAGCUGCGGCACUUUUAUCCACCUCAGAUCACCCCGUUGGGUUUGAACCGCAGUUCACCUGCGGUCAGGCCCCUUCCAGCUCGUUCCCCUCCAAAGUGUGUGCAGAUGGAACGGCAUGUGAUCCGGCCACCUCCAAUUUGCCCUCCGCCCGACAGGCUGCCGCUGGCCGAUGGGCGUAAUCACGUAGCUCCUCGAGAAGCCUGGUUGGCUAUCUUCAGUCACUUGAGCCAUCGUGAGCUUUGUGUGUGCAUGCGGGUGUGCCGGACCUGGAACCGCUGGUGCUGCGACAAAAAGUUAUGGACCCGUAUCGAUCUGAAGCGUUGCAAGUCCAUCACACCUCUCAUGCUGAGUGGAAUCAUUCGAAGACAGCCCAUGACUCUUGACCUGAGCUGGACCAACAUUUCCAAAAAGCAAUUAAGUUGGCUUAUCAACCGACUACCGGGUCUGAGGGUUCUUCUCUUGUCCGGCUGUUCGUGGGUGGCCGUUUCGGCUCUCUGCACUUCCAGUUGUCCUCUGCUGCGCACUUUAGAUCUGCAGUGGGUUGAGGGGCUCAAAGACCCCCAGAUGAGAGACCUACUGUCUCCUCCCACCGACAACAGACCAGGUCAAAUGGACACACGCAGCAAACUACGGAAUGUCAAUGACCUGCGUCUGGCUGGUUUGGACAUCACCGACAACUCUCUGCGGCUCGUCAUUAAAAACAUGCCUCUGCUGUCAAGACUGGAUUUGAGUUACUGCAAUCAUAUAAAUGAUCAGUCAGUCAACCUGCUGACGGCCGCAGGGACCACCACUAGAGACUCCCUAACUGAUGUCAACCUCUCUGUGUGUAACAGGGUCACCGAUCAGUCACUGAGCUACUUCAAACGCUGCGGGAGCAUCUGUCGCAUUGACCUACGCUUCUGCAAGCAGGUGAGCCGGCAGGCUUGCGAGCGCUUCAUCGCCGAAAUGUCCGUCAGCGUUCCUUUUCAACUGCAAGAGGAUAAACUGCUCCAGAAGCUGAGCUAGUUGCGCUACACAGCACCCUCUAGUGUCUGGGAGGAAAGAACCCACCGAAAUCUUAAAUGAUACUAUGUAUCAGGUGUACUCGUGUGUUGGGAUAAAUGACUGAAAAUGGACUCAAGAAAACGAAGCACUGCAUCACAUGUAUGUGGAAAAAACUUUUGUCAGCUCCUUAUGAAUGGGAGGAAGGAGGAGAUGUAGUUUAUUUAAAGGCACAUAAUAAUGCUCCUAUUCUGAAUGGUUUAUUAUGAAGAUGGACUCUUCAAGUUUUGUUUAUGUAUAAGAGGAGAUAAUACAUGCCGGGAGAUUGUAUUUAAAACGUGUUGUGUUAGAAAGUAGAGAAUGCGGUGGGUAUAACCACGAUACACACAUACAACAUUUACAUGCUCUCCGGCUACUCCAAACGGAGAGUAAGCAUGACAUUAUUCAAAACCCUCCGAACUGUUUUUGUACAAAAGAUGUAUCAGUUGAGAUUUGUGUAUUUUGGUUUCGUCCGGGUUAUAUGUAUUGUUCUCUUUUUUAUAUAAUGGAAUUUUUAAAUAUCUUUGGUGUUUGUUUUAUGUCUUUAUUAUUGGAAUGCUCCAAUCUGAUCAACUUCUUUUGCAUUCGUGACUUUCGACUGUUCUCGUUUUCUUCUUGAAGUACUUGCUGUUCUAAUCUCAGAGCAGAUAUACAGUAGGUGUGAUGUUUGUUCUUUCAAGGUCUAUUUAUAAAACAGUGCCAUAUUCCAUCUGUGUUGUGCUGCACAGUUGUAACAGGCAGGCCUUCAGCUAUCUACAGCAAGUAUAUUUCACAGCUAUGCCUGUGUAGUGUUGUUGUUCUUCAGUAUCUCUAUUUAAAGAUGUUACACCUAACAAAUUGCAGAGUUAGGUGGUUAACUUCAAUAUUUGUUAAAUAAAUGGUCCUUAAUUUAAUUAAAUGUUUGUAAAAAAAGUUGUAAACAAAUGACAACGGUCAUACGCAAUUACAGUAAUGUAAUCCAGCUAGCUCAGUAAUAUUGUUUUGUACAACGCCAUCAGGUAGUUCUGCAUUUAUUUCUUACAAGGCCAAAAAAGACUUGACUUUGCUGAACACCCAUUCAGUAUUUGUCUAUAAAAGCCAUCACGUGCUUGUUUUUUCACAGUGGUUAUUAUUGUAAAAUGGAAACUGGUGAUGAUGGAUGGUAUUAAUGAUGUAUUAUUGUACGUUUGUCUCAGGAAUGUGACUCUGAGAGAGGGAGCCGUUUUGAUUUAAGCCACAUACCUGUACCACUAUAAAUUAAGGCAUCGUUUGCUAUCUAAACACUCUAAUGUACAUUCGCCUAUUUAUAUUUGUAUGUAAUAAAAAAUGAAUUGAUUUACUGUUA